AUGUGCUCCCAGCUGUGGUUCCUGACGGACCGGCGGAUCCGCGAGGACUACCCGCAGGUGCAGAUCCUGCGCGCCCUCCGGCAGCGCUGCUCCGAGCAGGACGUGCGCUUCCGAGCCGUGCUCAUGGACCAGAUCGCCGUCACGGUCGUUGGAGGCCACCUAGGACUGCAGCUGAACCAGAAGGCCCUCACCACUUUCCCAGAUGUGGUGCUGGUACGGGUGUCCACACCCUCGGUGCAAUCAGACAGUGACAUCACCGUCUUGAGACACCUGGAGAAGCUGGGCUGCCGCUUAGUCAACCGCCCACAGAGUAUUUUAAACUGCAUCAACAAAUUCUGGACAUUCCAAGAGCUGGCUGGACAUGGGGUCCCCAUGCCAGACACAUUCUCCUAUGGUGGGCAUGAAGACUUUUCAAAAAUGAUUGACGAAGCCGAGCCCCUGGGCUACCCAGUGGUGGUGAAGAGCACUCGAGGGCACCAGGGGAAAGCUGUUUUUCUUGCAAGAGAUAAGCAUCAUCUUUCAGACAUCUGCCAUUUGAUCCGCCAUGAUGCGCCCUACCUGUUCCAGAAGUAUGUGAAAGAAUCACAUGGAAAAGAUAUCCGGGUGGUGGUCGUAGGGGGCCAAGUGAUAGGCUCUAUGCUCCGCUGCUCCACGGAUGGACGGAUGCAAAGCAACUGCUCUCUCGGUGGCGUGGGCGUCAUGUGCCCACUGACGGAGCAAGGCAAGCAGUUGGCCAUUCAAGUGUCCAACAUCCUGGACAUGGACUUCUGUGGUAUUGAUCUCCUCAUCAUGGAUGAUGGCUCCUUCGUGGUGUGCGAGGCCAACGCCAACGUGGGUUUCCUUGCCUUCGACCAGGCGUGCCACUUAGAUGUGGGUGGGAUCAUUGCAGACUACACCCUGUCCUUGCUGCCAAGCAGGCAGACUGGGAAGAUGGCCCUCCUCCCAGGACUGUCUGGCCCCAUGGAGCUGAAGGAGGCAGACGGCUGUGCUGCAGCUCAGGGAGUCCCCGGGAGCAUCUACGCUAUCAAUAAUGGGUCUACCUCGAGUGAGAGUGAGCCCGAACUGGGGGAGAUCCAAGCUCCCUCCGCCAGCACAACCGGGGUCCCACCAUCCGGACUGCCUGAGCCUGGCUACAACAUGAACCACAGGAUUGCUUCUGAAUUAAAACUGAAGUGAAUUCCUCAUUUCUUUUUUCCGGCAGCAUUUGAACCAAAUCCUCCUGCGUCCCUGGUAGUUUUGAGAGAAUAAAAUCUAGAAGCACGUGAUUUCCUUUGCACCGAAACUAGAAAUCCCAUCUGGGCAUGCAGCUGUCUUUCCAACGAUGAUUUAAGCAAACAGUCUAGCUGUGUGGUUUUGUUGUUUGUUUUACAAAGACAAGAUAAAAACAUGCACCAAAAAAACCCAACAUCCUGCCUGAUCGAUUUGAGCCCACAUCUGCUGCAAGCCCUUGGAAACUGCCGCUGGCUGUCAGGCGCUGACUCUGUCUUGCUGCUGCUUCUGGCUUUGUGGAGUAGAGCCCAUGACCUCAGAGUGCCUCCUGGGAAUACUGUACUCUGAACACUGUUCAGGACGGAGGUGUGAGCAGAAGAGGCGGGGGUGGGGCGGGGAUGGUAGUGGUGACUGCAGUAAUGUUCUCAUCGGUGUGUGUGAGAGAGAGCGCGAGGGAGGUUGGCGAAUUCAUGACUCAGACACUAUGAGAAGAUCUAUCUCUGCUCCAUCUUGACCAUAGUUCUCCCACACUCAGGAUACGGUGUUUCAAGGAGCUUCCUAGUUAACAUUUCCAAUGAAGCACUUUGUAGAAAGUGAGCUAGCAUAGCACUGCUUGGCAAAUGCCCUGCUUUAUAAAUGGAGCUUUCUACAAACUGCUUUGAUCCCACUCCUAGUGUAUAGACCCUGCUUCAACGAAUGCCAGCCCCAGCGGCUCUUGAACCUUUGCUGCCUUUGGCCUCUGCUGGAAAUGGACUCCAGUGAGCUAGUGGCCACACUUUAUUUCUUGAGCGUGUAGUAGGAUCCAACCCCAUAGACUUCUCUUUCAGUGGACUCACAGAAAGCUACUGGAAGAUAAUUGUUCUUCCGAAAUUUUGUGUACAACAUCGCUGUAGGAGGUUUUAUUGUAUGAGGUUUUGUUGUGUUUGCUGUAUGUAUUGGUUUAUUUAUAUUGUAUGUUUGUGUUAGUAGAGCCAUUGAAAGCACACUGCACUCUGCUUGACAGCCUAGUCUUAUCCGGGCUCCAUAGACCUGCCUUUACCAAGUUUUCCAAACUGGAGAGACUCAGGUAUCAGAAAUUAAUUACUCAUUGCACUUUUUUUUUUUUUGCAGGGGGGCAGGGAACCUAAUGUGGAACAGACACCAAGUGCUUUUCGUUUUAACUCCUUAAGCAGGAGAUGAUGGUCCUUCCCUUGGGACCACUCAUGGAAAUGGCAUUUUCCACGCCUGUUUAUACAGAGUAUGACUAUAAAUAUGUAAGGCUCCCCCACCAGCCUGUAUGCAUUUCAGAGUUACCAUCAUUGGAGUUCUUUUCCUGAGAGACUAUGCUCUUGACCUGCAAUAUUGCAUGUAACAGGAACAUCUAGGGCUCCUAUUUGGCAAUAUCUUGGAAGCCAUGCACAGGAAGAGGCCCCACAGCUUUACAGUCAGACACUGUUCUUUGAUACUUGCUCCCUCCCCACCACUAGACAUAGUCCCAAACAUCACCAUCCAUUUUGUCUAUCAGGCUUACUGUCUAAUAGUCUUUGGCUGUUCUUCCCCCCUCUCAAUUCAUCCCUCAAAAAAAUGAGCCUAUGCUUAAAGGACAAAGAUUUGCUAACAUUAAGGAAGCUUAUAAAUGGGCAUUUUUCCAAGAAGGUUCUAGAAAUGUCUUCCUGGACUGAACUCAUGUCUUCCCAAAGCAACAACAGUCAUUUGGAUAUGUCAGUUCUUGUACACUGUCUCACAGUCACAUCUUGUAUUUAUUCUUCUGUAAAUGUGAAAUAUAUAGAAACCAAAUAAUGGCAUUUUUUUUUACAACACAUUCAAAUAGUAUUUGACUUUUUAAA